AUUCAUUGUAUAGAUUCAUCUCCUGGUUGUUGAAUAUAGAAUUGUGGCUAUGCGUAAGUUUGGUGUGCUCUUGACACAACCUGUUUCCAGCAUUAGAGAUCCAAGAUGUGAGCUGUUGGUGCUUCUCUAUAUUGAAUUUCUUUCUUCUAUAAACCAAAAGAAAAUGUGUUAUGUUGAAUAUGCGUCCAGGUGAUUGCAUUUGCUUGGACGUGCUUUUAGGAAUCUUGUCAGUGUUUGUGAUAUCAUGCUGCAUAUUGUCAACUUUCUGGCUUUUCAACAGUUCACAGGCAUCAAUACAGUUAUGUACUAUAGCCCAACUAUUGUUCAAAUGGCUGGCUUUAGUUCCAACCAAAUAGCACUUCUCCUUUCCCUCAUCAUUGCUGCAAUGAAUGCUGCUGGAAGCAUUCUUGGCAUUUACCUUAUUGACCAUUUUGGGCGGAAGAAGUUGGCUCUCUCAAGCUUAACUGGUGUAAUUGUUUCUCUUGCCAUCUUGGCUGGGGCAUUCUUUGGCCAAUCAUCUGAUUCUUCAAAUUCACUCUAUGGGUGGCUUGCAGUGUUAGGGCUAGCCUUGUACAUUUGUUUCUUCUCACCUGGAAUGGGACCAGUUCCAUGGACUGUGAACUCAGAGGUUUACCCUGAGGCUUAUCGAGGGAUAUGUAGUGGAAUGGCAGCUACUGUGAAUUGGGUUUCUAAUUUGAUCGUGGCCCAAACUUUCCUUUCACUUGCCAGUGCUGUGGGAACAGGUCCAACUUUCUUGAUCCUUGGAGGCGUGGCUGUCGCAGCGGUUGUGUUUGUGAUUCUGUUUGUGCCAGAGACUAAAGGGCUCACAUUCGUUGAAGUGGAACAGAUAUGGAAGCAGAGAGCUUGGGGCAGUAGUUAUGACGCCGAGAGCCUUCUCGAGCAAGGAAACGAAACGUCAUAAGCAUGUGCGUAGCCCAAUAAUAUCAGCAUCAUAUAUAAAGGUUUUGAAGAUAGUUUAUAUCUAUCAUAGUUUUCUGGUAUCCAUAAAUGUGAUAUGCAUGGAAAUAUUUUGAAAUCAGUCCAGCGUAGUCUUUAAAUAUUCUAGGGUUUAAAACUUGGAGAUGGACAUGAAAGCUUAUGAC